AUGUUCUUCAAAUCCUUAUUCAGGUUUAUGGGGAGUUGGGUUACUCCCCCAUUGCCAACUGAUUUUCGGGUGGAAACUCAACUUCCUUCAAAUCUGUCCCCUAUGACAACUCAACCAGACUCUUCUUCUCCUUCUUCUUCUUCUUCUUCUUCUUCUUCUUUUCCAUAUGAUGUCUUUCUGAGUUUUAGAGGAGCGGAUACACGCACCAAUUUUACAGAUCAUUUGCGCAAUGCUCUGGUUGGUAAAGGGAUCCACACCUUCAUUGAUGAUGAUGAGCUUCGGAGAGGAGAAGAAAUAUCGCCAGCCCUUGUCAAAGCAAUUGAAGAAUCAAGAAUUUCUGUCAUUGUAUUCUCGGAAAACUAUGCAUCUUCAAGGUGGUGCUUGGAUGAACUUGUCAAGAUCCUUCAAUGUAAACAAUCAAAGCAACAAGUAGUUAUGCCCAUUUUUUACAAGGUGGAUCCGUCGGAUGUACGAAAGCAAACAAAUAGUUUUGGAGAUGCAUUUAAAGGCCUUAUUCAAAGCAAAUUCAAGGAUGACAAGAAAAUUCAAGGAUGGAGGAAAGCUCUUACGGAAGCAGCAAAUUUGUCUGGAUGGCAUUUCGAGGAGGGAGCGUAUGAAGCUACAUUUAUCAACAACAUCGUUGAUGGAAUCUUCAGCAAAUUACCUCCCACAUAUUUGUAUGUGGCCAAGUACCCAGUUGGAGUUCAGUCUCAUGUACAAGAUGUGGAAAUGCUUUUGGAUGUUGGUGGGAAUGGUCGUCGCAUGGUUGGGAUAUGGGGGACAUCUGGAAUAGGCAAGACAACAAUUGCAAAAGCUAUUUUUAAUGCAGUUUCUCAUAAGUUUGGAGGUAGUUGUUUCUUGGAAAAUGUUAGAGAAGGAAGCUUAGUCCAGCUACAGAAGACUCUUCUUCAAGAGAUUCUUGGUGGUAAAAAGUUGGAAAUUGCUAGUGCUGAUAAAGGUAUCUUUAUUAUCCAUAAACUAUUGAGGCAUAAAAAGAUUCUAUUAAUUCUUGACGAUGUGGACCAAUUGGAGCAGUUAGAAAAAUUGGCUGGAGAUGAUUGGUUUGGUGAGGGUAGUAGAGUAAUCAUUACUACAAAAAAUAGGAGAUUGCUAAACAAUCGUGAAAUUGAGUUGAUAUACGAGGUGAAGAAGUUAGACUACAACCAAGCUCUUGAGCUCUUCAGUUGGCAUGCAUUCCGAAGAAGUGAACCUCGACAAGAUUAUUUGGGACUCGCACGACGUGCAAUAGCUUUUGCUGAUGGCCUUCCACUAGCUCUAACAAUUUUAGGUUCUCAUCUUUGUGGUAUAGAUAUACCACAUUGGCAAGUUAUAUUAGAUAGUUACGAAGGAGAACCUUAUACACAUAUUGAAAGAAUACUUCAAAAAAGUUAUAAUGCCUUGGAAGAUCCCGCAAAAGCAUAUUUUCUCGACAUUGCAUGUUUCUUCAAGGGUGAAUAUAAGAACUAUGUGCAACAAAUAGUACCCCAAAAAUACAUUGAAGAAUUUGUUGAUAAGGCAUUGAUAACUAUUGAAUGUAACAAGAUUUUAAUGCACGACUUGCUAGCAAACCUGGGCAAGGAUAUAGUUCACAAAGAAUCCCCCUAUGAUCCUGGCCAGCGUAGUAGAUUGUGGUUUUAUGAGGAUGUCAUACAAGUUCUAAUGGGAACUACUGGAACAAGAAAUAUUAAAGGCAUCAUUGUGAAGCUUCCAAAACCAGCAGAGAUAACCUUGAAUCCAGAAUGCUUCCAUAAUAUGGUGAAUCUUCAAAUUUUCAUAAACCAUAAUGCAUCUCUAUGUGGGGACAUUAACGACCUGCCCAACGCGUUAAGAUUGAUUGAUUGGGAUAGAUGUCAGUUACAAUCUUUGCCACCCAAUUUUCAAGGAAAACGUCUUGUUGAGUUCAAUAUCCCUCGCAGUCAUAUCAGACAAUUGGAUGGAUUUAAGCAUUUGCCAAACCUGACAUCUAUGGAUUUGAGGGGUUGUCAAUUCUUAGAAAAAAUCCCAGACCUAUCCGGAAUCCCAAACAUAGAGUACUUGAAUCUACGCGAGUGCACACGUUUGGUUGAGGUCGAUGGUUCUAUUGGACUCCUUGAUAAACUUGUUGUAUUGAAUCUUAGUAGAUGCGUUAAGCUUACGAGGUUUGCAACAAGACUUAGAUUGAAAUCUCUUUUAGCACUUAAUCUUAGUGAUUGCAAAAGGCUUGAGAGUUUCCCAGAAAUAGAGGAGAAGAUGGAAUCACUAUAUACUUUGAUCAUAUCAGGAAGUGGUAUAAGAGAAUUGCCUGCAUCAAUUACAUCUCUUACUGGGCUUCAAGUAUUAGAACUUCGUGGAUGCUUCAAUCUUACAAGGUUUGCAACAAGACUUAGAUUGAAAUCUCUUUUAGCACUUGAUCUUAGUGAUUGCAAAAGGCUUGAGAGUUUCCCAGAAAUAGAGGUGAAGAUGGAAUCACUAUGGAGUUUGGACAUAUCAGGAAGUGGCAUAAGAGAAUUGCCUUCAUCAAUUGCAUAUCUUACUGGGCUUUCUCACUUUAGAGCUGAUUAUUGUGAGAACCUUACCUAUCAAAAAGUGAACUCUCAAGUUUCAUCCAGCAACUCCGAAUUACCGCUGCUUCCCAACCUAUCAAAAAGUGAUUUCCUCCUGCCCCUUGAUUGCUGGUCCACAUUAACAGAUCUUAAUCUAUCGGGAAACGAUUUUGUCAUUCUUCCGAGAUGGUUUAGCAAAUUGGUCAACUUGCAGCAUCUUGACUUGCGUGAUUGCAAGAGUCUUCUGGAAAUUCCAGAACAAGUGUUUCCACCAGGAGUAGGAUCCGUAUCGCUGGAUAACUGCACAUCAUUGGAAAAAAUUCCAAAAAUGUCUUGGGUAUUGUUGGAUAACUGCACAUCAUUGGAGAAAAUUCCAGAAUUCUCGCCGGUGCAUAACAAUAUGGAUCUGGAUUUGAACAAUUGUGUUAGACUACGCAGCUACGACAUCACAGAAAAUAUUUUUCUGAAUCAGGUUUCUGUUUCCCAUCCGCAUUCUGAAUUCAGCAUCAAUCUUUCAGGCGGUGAAGUUCCAAAGUGGUUCAGCUGUCGUAAAGAUGCAACAAUAGUUAGACAAUAUUUGAGUUCAGGUAUUGGAACAAAGAGAUACGAAUACGAUGCUGGAUGUGCAGUUAGUUUUGAAAUUCCUCCAAAUUUAAAAUGGGAGACGUUAAGAUUGGUUCUAUUUCUGUAUGUUGUUACUGGUUGUUCUGUUUAUAUUCUUCUCGAUGGAAAACUCGUCAAUGAGUUAUCUUUUGGAUUUAUGGGUCAUGUGCACCUCAGGUCUAUUCCAUUAUUGAAUUUGAAUAGGUACGAGUACGAGUUUGAAGAACCACUGACGAAGCAGGGUAAUACGUGUCAAGUUAUAUUUGACUUCUUUGUCGAAGUGCCCACACCCGUUAAAAUUCCCUGCGGGGUCCACCUAUUAGGCCACCAGGUUGCUAAUGUCAUUGAGACUGUUGUUGUUGAUCAUGAUCAACACCAAGACUGCGAAUUGCUUUCCUUGUCUUUAGCAUCAAAGACUAGUCUUGGCAAGAGGCCUCGCCAAUCAGAUUACAUGGCACUUGACGAUGAUCAUCGUGCUAACGUCGUCGACAUUGGUGAUCAUGAAGCUCAAGGGCUUACCUUGUUUACAGGACCAGCGGAUCACCAAAAGAGGAGGCACAUUUAUCCUAAAGUGGAGCCAAAGGGAGCAAUGGAAAAAAGAUUACAACUCGAAGGAAAGGAGAAGCAGAGACAGAGAGUCUUGGCCAUCUUGAACAAUGCAUACUAUACAAGCAUCUCUGGGGCAAUGAAGUUCCAAAGUGGUUUAUGUGAGCCCCAGGUUCAGAUGUCAAAACGAACCAAAUUUCCGGCAAUGAUCUAG